AUGGCGAAAAUGAACAUCCCCAUUGGCAGAAGACGACAAAGUCGACGUCUCAAUCCCAAUGUUGUAAAAGGCAGUGCACCAACUGUGAGUGUGGCCUGGGAAACGAAAGACCAGGACCAGGCUCAAGCUGAGGACCAGGCUCAAGCUGAAGACCAGGCUCAAGCUGAAGUCCAGGCUGAAGCAGGAGACCCGGCUGAGGCAGGAGACAAGACUGAAGCUGUAGACCUGGCUGAAGCUGUAGACAAGGCUGAAGCUUUAGACCAGGCUCAAGAAGAAGACCAGGCUGAAGCAGGAGACCAGGCUAAAGCAGAAGCCCAGGCCGAAGCGGUUGACCCAGCUGAGGCAGGAGACGAGGCUCAAGCUGUAGACCAGGCCGAAGCGGAGGAGGACCAGGCCGAAGCGGAGGAGGACCAGGCCGAAGCGAAGGACCAGGCCGAAGCGGAGGAGGACCAGGCUCAGGAGGAGGACCAGGCUCAAGCGGUGGACCAGGCUCAAGCGGAGGACCAGGCUCAAGCGGAGGACCUACCCACUGGCCACUUGGAGAUGAGGACUGACGCUGAAACUGCUGCGACUGACGAGAACGUGUCCAGGCCACAAACGAACCCGGAGGAGGCAGCAGCCGGCGGCCCGCGCAAAAGAAAACGCACAAAAAAAAAAAAACGGGAAGCAGUGGAGUCGGUGGAAUCCUCUCCAUUGAAGAAAACCAAACUCAAUAAUGAAGAAAAAGUAAAAAAGAGGAAAGCAGAGACAACGGAUCCGUCUCCAUCGAAGAAAUCCAAACUCAUGAACGACGGUUUCUGCGUCUACGUGGGGAACCUGAACCACUCCAACGUGUACGAGGACAUCAAAAACUCACUGGCAACGUACUUCAUGACCCACAGUCUCCUGGUUCACGACAUUCGCCUCGGCAAAGGCAGGAAACAUGCGUUUGUGGACCUGGCCUCAGAAAUGGACGUGAAUAAAGCCCUCACUUUGGACGGACACACGAUACUGGACAAACCCAUGACGGUCUCAAAGCCCAAAGCCAAGAAGGUGAAGCGGACCAAGGAGCAACGCAAACAAGCUGCAAAGGAACGCACCGUAUUUGUACAAAAUAUUCCAGUCACUGCCACAAUAGAGGACGUCCAGAAGGCUUUUCCCAGGGCUCAGCACAUAAGGUUUAUGGGAGGAGCCAAGACUGCAACCAAAGGCGUCGCUUUUGUGCAGUUCAACUACAGAGACCUGGCCAAAGCUGUCGCGAGGCAGAACGGUAAAUUCAAGAUCCAGGGCCAGGUCCUGCAGGUGAAUGCGCCGCUAGUGAAUAUUAGCGUAAACGCUUCAGCUACUCACAGUAACACUUUGUUUGUGAGAAACCUGCCACCCCAUAUUCAAGAAUACAGGAUUAAGAGCAUCUUUAAAAAGGCUGUUGAAAUCCGGAUCGCUCGCCGUGAGGCACAGUCCUCGCAAUAUGCGCUUGUGAUGUUUGACUCCGUGGCGGACGCAGAAGCAGCUAAGGAAGCGAACAAAGAUCGUAAAGUUCAGGGGAGGCUUAUCAGUAUCCAUUUCAGUAAUGAUAUGAGAGCAAUGGGACCAAAAGCUACUCAGACGCUGUUUGUGACGAAGCUGAGUGAGAGCACGGUAGCCCACACUCUGACUCGGGCCUUCGAGGGGGCUGUGGGCGCCAAGAUCAUCAUGGACAAGGACACCAAACUCUCAAAGAAGUUCGGCUUCGUAGAGUUCGCGAGCCCAGAGUUGUGCAGAAAGGCCAAAGAAUCGGCGGAGGACGUGCUGAUCGACGGCAGCAAAGUGAUCGUGGACUUCGCUCUGGACGCCACGAAGCUCAGGGACAGGGACACACAACAAGGAAAAGGACCUGGAGCUGCUCCGUCGCUUCCCAAGAAAAGCAAGAAGAGCAAGAAGAGCAAAAAGAAGGCGACCAAUCAGAACUGA